UGAGAAUGGAAAUUAGUUUAUUAUGUGAUUAACUGAUUUAUUGAUUAUUGCAACAGGCCUGUAGCUGAAUGUGGGGAAACAAAAACACGUAGCCAGAGCGACGCUACAUAUUAAAACAAAGAUUUAAAGGAGAGAAUCAUUUCUCUUUGCAGUUUUGUAAAAGUGUUUGAAUACUUUUGAAAGGUUUUAUGUUUCAUUGGAAAUUUAAAUUCAGAAAUAUUUUAUGUAAAUAUCACCAAAAAAAACAAAACAAAACCAUUUCUCUCCAUAAACUGCUUGUAUAACAACAGACAGUGUAACCAACGGUAACACAUUCCACAGAUGAAAUAAAACUCUGUGAUGUCACAGCUAGAGUCACGCUUGUGAUGUCAUCAGCCUUCUAUCUAUGUCACAAACUUCUACCUUCUUGUCAUUGCUUGCUGCACUACGGACAAGUUCAGACGUACGCAAAGCACUUUUAGAGUGAGAUUGUUUGCAGAUAAAGUCGGAUUUGAACAAGCAUUGUUUUGUGAAAACAUGUCACAUCAAAGCCAACGUUACUCCAACGGUGAGACAGCUGAACAACAUCAGCAAGGCUGCGUAGAGAACAGAUCUCCUCCCAUUGAUUUCCAAAGAGAGAUACAAAGACUUGGCUCUCUUUUGGAAAUGGAGAGAGCGAGACGGUUGGACGUGAACCAAAAGCUGGCCGACACCCAAAGAGAACUGGAGGACGCAAAAGCUGAGGUAGAGAGGCAGAAAACAGUUAAGAAGAUUUUCAUCAACAGGAGCAGAGAGCUGAAGAGAGAAUUACAGGCAGUGAAAACGUUUAACAACCCAGAGACUCUCAGCCCUGCUGUUAUCCCUUCCAAGGUGUGCAGCCAAAUAAGAGACAAGACGAAAAUGCAGCUGCAAGAGGACUUAGCUCAGAUCGUCAAUGAGGACGCGUUCAUGUCACAGAUUAAGGCAGAAAAAGAAAAAAAUAACGCCCUCCAACAAGAACUGGACCACAUCAAGGCUUGCUACGAGGAGCUUCGACCCAAAUCCGAAGCAAACAUUGGUGAGGAGAAACUGCAGGUUGACAUGCAGCUGGUCUACGAAGACAAAAUCAGGCAGGACCAAAAUCUCCUAGAUAAAAUGUUCAAGCAGAUCAGCAGCUUCAAGGAAACCAAUAAACGUCUGCAGAGAGAGCUGGAGCAGAUGAACGGUUCAUACCAAGAACUAAAGAGGAGGUAUGAAGCAGAUGUUUCUGCCCUCAGACAGCAAAACGAAGGUUACCAGCAUGAAAUGACUCGGGUGAAAGACGCUCAUUUGGAAAAAACCAAGAACGACCUUAUUGAGCUCAUCAAAAAACUGAGAGCAGAAAAGGACGAUCUGAAUCGGAGAAAGGCAGAAGACUUCUCUUUCCUGCAACGGCAAUCAAAUAAGACAACAAAGCAUGUUCGACACGUUCUGCAGUUCUCAACAGUUAUUUACCAGGAACUUAAAGCCAGAUACGAAGGAAAUGUUUCUGCUCUGAUACAGCAAGAAGAAAUAUUUAGGCAGAACGUAGAAAAAGAGAUGAAGGCUUAUUCAGAGAAAAUGAUGAGUGACAUGAAGAUGAUCAACAAGCUCAAAGCUGAGAAGGACAGUCUCCUAAAACAACUGACUGCCUACCAACAACUGCACUCUGGCUGUGAGCUUAAAUACAAAACAGAGCAGGACAACAGGAAAACCGAGCUGCAACACAGAGACAAAUUACGACCUCCAAGACAAAAUGUGGACCGUCUGUCAGAGGACACUGAUGUUCCUGAUGCGUCUCCCAAGGAGGUAAAGGAUUUUGUGGAAGGCAUGCUGAGGGAAAUGGGAGUCAUGGAAGUGACAGAGGAACCAGUGGAGACAGCGGCCAAAAAGAAAUCAGUGUGGAAAAAGAUACGACACAGUUUGAGGCUCUUCCACAAAAAUGAAAGAAAAACAAGAAAACUUUUGAAUCAAGCAACUAGGAAAAAAGGUCAAGUGAAUUUCUGAGCCGUUUACAAAACCGCAAAAUACAUUUCUUAAUUUAGACCUCAAAAAAUGGUCGUGGGUUUUCUCCGGGUGCUCCGGUUUCCCCCAGAUUUCUAAAAAUAUAUAAAUUACAGUUAUUGACCAAUCUACAUUGUCCUCGAGAAAGGUAGUAUUCAUUUCUAGAAAAUUGAAUUUGCAAACGGUUGAGAUUGGAGAAACAUUUGUGGUGAGAAAAGCAAGAAAACCUCUAAAACAAGAUACUAGCAAAAGAGUCCAGGUCAUACAAUAAAAGGAGGAAAGAGUCGAGGAGGAGACGACGAUGAUGUAGGAUCUUCUCUUACCUGAGAAUAAUUUGCUUAAGACCAGCAAAUUAUUACAGACACACAAUUACUUAUCUUAAAGAUAAGUAAUAAUUUACUUUUUAUCUUAGAGAUAAUCUACUUAUCUCUAAGAUAAGCAAAUUAUCACUUAUCUUAAAGAUCAGUGAUAAUUUGCUUAUGCCCUAAUUUCCACACGACUCACAAACACAACCUUAAUGCUCUUCAUGUAAGUGGCUCACAAAAUCAACACAAUGUUUAUGACGCACACAAAUACAGGCCACAAGCACACAAAUGUCGACACGUUGUGUGUCUGACCCACACAAACAUACUGUAUAUUCCUACAUAGCUUAUUUCUUACAAAUUGCACUAAAUCAUCCUCUUGCCGGUUCUCAGGCUCAGAUUCUGUCUCUGACACCCAGAGGAGGUUAGAUGAUCCCAAAUGCUCCGUUUAUUUUCCAUUUGUAAAUAUUUCUGACAAAAUGUGUCUAAAACAUUUAAACACAUUUUGUUAUUAAUUAAACUAAAAAAUUUAGUUUAAUUUUUAGCUUCACCGCACAGUCACUUUUAGAUAUAGAAAAAGUGUGAGUCACAAAAAACCCCCAAGCGGUUCUGGAUCUGAACUCAAAUCCAGAACCGCAGAGCAUUCUGGGAGAUGAAGGCAGAAGAGAAGCUGUGGCAGCUCUACGUUACACUCUCUUUGGUUACCUAGCAACGACCUGUUGAGUAACUUGUGCAGGAGCAGUUUCAGGUUUGGCCACUUUGCC